CCCCACUCCGCCUGGGACACUCUGCCGCCCAUGUGCCUCUUCUUUUUGUUUUUUUGCCGAGGCCCGCGGACACAUUCCUGUCUACAUGCAGGUGGCACCUGGGCGGGCUCUCCCGCCUCUCCACCUCCGCCCCCAGCCCGAGUCAAGCCGCACGCCCCCCUCGCCGAGACACAGCACGAUGGCCACAGGCACCGCUCUCACGCUCGGCUUGCUCCUGCUCUCCGUCGCUCGGGGGCUGCGGCCGGACGAUGCCGGGCCCCCGGCGGAGUCGCCCCUGCAGAAGCCGACGGUGAUGAUCGCGAUCCUGGCCCGGAACAGCGCGCACAGCCUCCCGCUCUACCUGGGCUGCAUCGAGCGGCUGGACUACCCGAAGGAGCGGCUGGCGAUCUGGGCAGCAAGUGACCACAAUGUGGACAACACCAGUGCCGUGCUGCAGGAGUGGCAGAAGAAUGUCCAGAAACUGUACCACCACGUGGAGUGGAAGAACGUGCAGGAGCCACGCUCCUACCCUGACGAGUCGGGGCCCAAGCACUGGACGAGCUCACGGUUCAAGCAGGUGAUGAAGCUGCGCCAGGAGGCCCUGCAGUCGGCGAGGGAGCUCUGGGCCGACUACGUGCUGUUUGCAGAUGCUGACAACUUUCUGUCCAACCCCCAAAUCCUGAAUUUGAUGAUUUUGGAAAACCGUACAAUAGUGGCACCUAUGCUGGAAUCUCGCAGCCUGUACUCCAACUUCUGGUGUGGAAUUACCUCACAGGGGUAUUACAAGAGGACGCCCGACUACGUGCCCAUCAGGGAGUGGAAGCAAACUGGCUGCUUUGCAGUGCCCAUGGUCCACUCCACUUUCCUGAUUGACCUUCGCAAAGCUGCCACACGUUCCUUGGCAUUCUACCCACCUCAUCCCGACUACACCUGGGCCUUUGAUGACAUCAUGGUCUUCGCAUUCUCUGCCAGGCAAGCAGGUAUUCAGAUGUACGUUUGUAACCAGGUGCACUAUGGGUACCUGCCUGUUCCUCUAAAACCACAGCAGACCCUUGAGGAAGAAGUGGACAGCUGCAUUCACGUCCAAACUGAUGCAAUGGUUGAUCGCCCACCCAUAGAGCCCUCGCAGUAUGUCCACAUGCCCAUGGCAUCACUCGACAAGGCAGGAUUUGAUGAGAUCUUCCUGAUCAACCUGAAGAAGCGCACUGCUCGGCGAGACCGAAUGCUACGCACGCUGGCCAUUUUACAGAUUGUUCCUAGCGUGUUGGAUGCUGUGGAUGGAAGUGCUCUGAACUCCUCACAGCUGCAGGCGAUGGGCAUCGACAUGCUUCCUGGCUACGAGGACCCCUACUCUGGCCGGGUGCUAACCCGAGGGGAGAUCGGCUGCUUCCUGAGCCACUACCAAAUAUGGAAGGAGGUGGUGCAGCAUGGUCUGCAGAGUGUCCUGGUACUGGAAGACGAUGUGAGGUUUGAACCACAGUUCAGGAAAAGACUGACGAGCCUGAUGUCAAACAUCCGGGAAGCCCAGCUGGACUGGGACCUGAUAUAUGUGGGGAGGAAGCGCAUGCAGAUCAAGAAACCUGAAAAGUCUGUGCCAGCUGUCCGGAACCUGGUCGAGGCCGACUACUCCUACUGGACGCUGGGCUACGCCAUCUCGCAGCAGGGGGCGCUCAAACUCCUCCGGGCAGAACCCCUCUCCAAGAUGCUGCCCGUGGAUGAGUUCCUGCCCAUCAUGUUUAACAAGCAUCCUGAGGUGAAGUACCUGGAGAUGUUCGAGCCGCGGGACCUGAAAGCCUUCUCAGCGGAGCCUCUGCUCGUCUUCCCGACGCACUACACCGGGGAGCCGGGCUACAUCAGCGACACGGAGACCUCCACCAUCUGGGACAACGAAGGCGUCACGACAGACUGGGACAGACAGAAGUCCGGCAAGAUGCAGCAGCAGGCGCACAUCGGCUCGAGCGCCCAGAACAGAGAAGCCCUGCAGACGCAGCCCGUGGGCGGCAGUGCCGCGGCCCGGGAGGAGCUCUGACUGGUCAGCGGUCCAUCGGACUUUACUGCCGGCCGCUUGAUUGUACAUAGAGAAGAGUGCGGGGCCGGCAGUCAGACUCGUACAGUUACGGGAUUUGCUCAGGGAUUGAUGGCUACUCGGCGUCGCGCGUGAAAGCAGCAGCAGCAGCAGCAGCAGCAGCAGCAAUUAAAGUAGCUUGUGAAGCCAC